ACAACCCACAACCUGUCGAUAGUAAACAAAUAACCCUAACCCAAAUCACUAAACGUCAAUGUAAAUGUAUGUGUCAAGUGAAAUACCGAAGUUCGGGCCCUUAUUUCAUUUUUUUCUUUAUUUGUUGACAGAACAUUCACAAAAUAGAUGAAAGUAACGCGAAUAAACACACAGAGCAACUAGGUUUCUAAUUAUUUUCAGAUCUUGGUUGUUAAUUCCUGCUUCUUUUACUGCACACUUCACCAUGGGUAAUUCUGGGCUCAAGCAACAUAUUGAAACCGCUCAAAAAACAGGAGUGCUCAAAGUCUCACAAGGCAAGCUAAAUGAGUUCCCUCCUGGAUUCAAACAGUUAGAAGGCAGCCUAAGAACCUUAGACAUAUCGGACAACAAGUUUGUAAUUUUACCAAAUGAAAUCAGUAGAUUUAUGCAAUUAAAACACCUUAAUUUAAGUAAAAAUAGGUUAGCAAAAAUCCCGGACUGUAUAGGGGCACUAACCAAACUCGAAACGUUUAAUGCUAGUCAUAAUAAUUUAAGUUCUUUACCGCGAACACUAUCAAAUUUAAUCCAUCUAAAACAGGUAAAUUUAAGCGACAACCAUAUUAAAGAAUUCCCUUUGAUGUUCUGUGGUCUGAAACACCUCGAUGUUUUGGACUUGAGCAAAAACGAGAUCACCUCGGUCCCUCCUGAUGUCUCAGGUUUAAACGUAACUGAACUUAACUUGAAUCAAAACCAGUUGGCACACAUCUCUGGCCAAAUAGCUGAGUGUCCUAGGUUAAAAACCCUAAGAUUGGAAGAAAACUGCUUGCAGUUAUCUGCUAUUACUCCCAAAAUACUCCUCGAUUCCAAAAUUUCGAAUCUAUCUGUCGAAGGCAACCUUUUCGAAGCAAAGGAACUGUCUGACAUGAAUGGAUAUGAUGCGUAUAUGGAACGGUUUACUGCUGUGAAGAAAAAGUUAUUCUAAUAUAUUAAAACUUAUUGGUUUUGAAGAAUGAAAGAGAAAACUUGAUAUUGUAUGAAUUUACCUGCUGCUAGUCAGUUAUUUAUAAAAAAUUUUAUAUUUCCUUUGUAUAAUCGUUUCAGUUGUAUAAAUAUACAUAAAUAAAUAUGUUGCCACUACUGCAAAAGGCUUAUCUAUAUUUUUAACGCUAUUAAAAAAUGUUAUUUAAUACAUUCAGUGCCAAAUAUGAGUUGUCUAUUUGUGAAUAUGUACCGGGUGUCCCAAUAAGAAUGGCUCUCGGCCAUAUCUCAGGAACCGUUUAUAGUAGAGCUGUGAAAUAAAAAAAUUUAUAACAAAAGUUACCUCAGGAAAAGCCUGGAAAUUAUAUUCAUAAUUGUGGGUCCACCGCUAGAGGGCGUAAUUGAAUAUCAAAAAUUAAAAAAUCUAAAUUUUACAAAAUUUUCCUAAUGAAGGGGUACUGAAAAUCCGAUCAUGGUAUUCUUCAUAAAAUUCUGCGCAUAUUUGAUCUCAAAUGCUAUGACCGGAUUUUCAAUGCCCCUUCAUUAGGAAAAUUUUGUAAAAUUUUGAUUAUUUAAUUUUUGAUAUUCAAUUACGCCCUCUCGCGGUGGACCCACAAUUAUGAAAAUAAUUUCCAGGCUUUUCCUGAGGCAACUUUUGUUAUAAAAUUUUUUAUUUCAAAGCUCUACUAUUGGCGGUGUGCAAGUACUUGGAAAGGGAAACGAGAAACGACCGUGCGCGAGUCGCGGAGAAAUAUUGCAACUAUCUUAAAUAAUUCAUAUUGUCAAUUGAAAUUGUCAAAUUUACGUAUAUUUCAUACCUUCUGUCAUUGACUCAGAAAAAUUAUAUAUUGCUCCACAAUAUUGAUAUGAUAUGCAAUUAUUAUAUAAAGGUAAAUUUAAUUAAUUGUAUUUUGCUUGCAGUACUGCAUUUUAAUAACGGAUUUUAUUUACUACAUACAAUUGUUUACGUUUGCUAAACAUAACCUGCAUCUUAUUUUUUUCUUCUUAUUAUUUUUUUGGACUAUGGUCUUGACAAUUAUCCAGCAACCAGGACUAAUAUAAUUGGCCAAUAUAAUUAAAAGUGCGAAUAAAAGUACAGAGCGUAGAAAUAGAGGUCGCUUUGCCGAACUUGCACGGUCCCAAUAAACGGUUCCUGAGAUAUGGCAUAUGGCCGAGAGCCAUUCUUAUUGGGACACCCGGUACAUACGAGAUAAUUUCUAGUGCCUAAUACUCCACAAGGAGGAAUGGAACUAGAGGGGAGGGGAGAGGGACAUCUUUAGAUCGAUCCCUUCUUUUGUUUUUUAAAACUUUCUUUCACUACAUACAGAAGUUUUCUUUUCAUACAGCAUAACCAUAAUUUUUACUGAUUUGUAAAGAUUGUCUGUGUCUAAGGCAUAAGCCUCAUCUAUGGGUAUAGUUAGUGUGACCAACUAGUCCGAACAAUCCGGGACAUGGCCCGAAUUACGAAGUCGCGUCCCGGACAAGGCUUCCGGGCCAUCCGAAUUUUCAACGUUUUGGUAAAAUUCUAUUUUGAAAUUUUGAAUACGUUAUUUCUCAGAAUUCACAUUCAGUUGAAUUGGUGGGAUGAAAAAAAGUCGACAAUUUCUAGAGUGUAAUACUAAUACCACAUCCAAAACACAUGCAUUUUAAAUCGUGGUAUUGUAGUUUUACGUAAACUCCUGUGGGCUUUUGUCUUUUCUGUAAAAAUACCAUUGUCAACAUAGAAAUGUUAAAUAAUCAAUAAAAUGACGAUAUUAAAAUUCCAUAUUAAAAAAUGGCCCGAAUUUCAUUGAAAAGUCCCGGAUUUCAGGUAUUUUUUCAGCCUUGUCCCGGUUUCGACUGAAUUGGAGUUGGUCACACUACGUAUAAGUAUUUGAUUAGAUGUAAAGUUAAACUCAAAAUUUAACUACAAGAUCACUCGUAGGUUUUUGCAUAAAAUGUUUUACAUAUUAAUUUGGAUGUUUUUUUUAUACUUUAUUGAUGCCAAAAACCGUAUGGGAUCUAUUAUGCCAAAAAAGCCUUGUCACUUGGCACUGAAUGGGUUAAAAAACACACCAAAAGGCUGUUUUAUACCAUAAAUACAAACAUUUCACAUCACAUUCACAUAUCUAAUGUUUUAUAUUGUACGUAUAUUUGUUUAUAUACUUUAUUAUUAGUUAUUCGUGUUAAAAAAAAUUGUCAAAUAAUUUUCACAAAAUGUCUUUUACAUAAAUAUUGUAAUUUCCUAUAUUAUGUCAGAUCACAUAUUCUUUGAUUAUAUAUUGAGGGCUUAUAUACGCCCGCUGAAACGGCCUUUGACGAUUAGUAUUAAGGGCGUAGGAGCAAAAUUUCGGCUCCAAUGCUUUUUAAAUGCUUUCAUUUUUUUCGAAUCCUGAAAAAUUUAAAUGCAGAAUGAAAGGUUACAUUAUUACUGAGGGACAAAAGUCCCUUAGAGUAAACAAAAAGUUUCUUUUGAAUGAGAUCUUUGAAAUUAAAAAUCACACUAAAUUUUUUCUUUUUUAAAUCACACUCCUGUAACUUAUGGAAAUAAACAAUGUAGAAGUUCUCAUGGACUUUCGGCCCUCGGUAAUAACGUAAUCUUUCAUUCUGCGUUUAAAUUUUUCAAAAAUACUUAUUACUUUUCUGAGGAUUCGAAAAAAUGGAUGCAUUUAAAAAGCAUUGUAGCCGAAAUUUUGCGACUACCCCCUUAACGAACUGUUUUGUAAGCGAUAUCAGUGUGAAUUGUACAAUUUGUGAUAUUUAUAAUUUAGUGAAUUUUUUUGGAAUUUAAAUAAAGCCCGGUUUUUUUUCACUUAUUCGGUUAUAUUAUAUACAGGGUGAGUCAUGAGGAACUGUACAUACUCCUACCUUGUAUAGAGGCUCCUAUGGGGAAUAACAAAUGACCAUUAAAAAGUGUCUGCUCCCAUUGUUUAAUAAUAUACAGGGCGAGUUUCGCAUUUUGACAGAAAUUUGUAUUCGUCAUAAUUUUUGAACGGUCAGAUCGAUGUGUCUCUUAUUUUGGCCAAUCGUUACACUAUUACCACCUAAUCAACUAAUUUAUUCAAACUAGAAAAAAAUCAGGUCCGGCUUUAAAAAAAUUAGUUCGUUUGGGUCUUAGAAAAAAUUUCACCCUGUAUACGCUUUUUGAAAACUCUAAUAUGAAUUUUUCAAAUUAGACAAAUAGGCAAUUAAAAUGGCAUAUUUAUUUUUUCCGCACACGAAUACUUAAUUUUUUAUAAAAAAAUCAAAUUUCACUAUGAAUUAAAAGUUUCGUAAAGUGAACCAUAGAUUUAAAAAAAAAUAACUUUUAUUACAAAAAUUUUUUUUUGCAUAAAUAAGUAAUUUAUGUUACCAUCCAAUCAACUGAUUUAUUCAAACUAGAGAAAAAUCAGGUCCGGAUUUAAAAAAUAAGUUCGUUUUGGUCUUAGAAAAAAUUUCACCCUGUAUACGCUUUUUGAAAACUCUAAUAUGAAUUUUACAAAUAAGACAAAUAGGCAAUGAAAAUGGCGUAUUUAUUUUUUCCCCACACGAUAACUUAAUUUUUUAUUAAAAAAUCAAAUUUGUCAAGAUCGGAAUUUUAACCUAAAAAUGAAAAAAAAAUGAACUCACGGUUUAAACUCGCUACAACUCUGUUCCAUUUUAAUAUUUUUUUUCUGAAAUUUUUACAGCACAUACCUCUUACCAUUGUGAAGACUAUGAAAAUUGUUGUAGACUUUCAGUCUUCUUCUUGUAAAUAGCAAACUUGUAAAUCGCAAAAAUUAGGUGGAAAAAUUUAAAAUUUAUCAAUUUGAUCACGUCUAUGUUAAACUAUAGAGUCCAAAAGAAGUGUUAUGGGAAGUUUUAGAUCCAGACAUGUUAUAGAAAAAAAAAAUGGUAAAACUUUUAAUUUUAACAAAAACGUUGUUUUUGUAAAUUAUUUUUGUAAGAAAAGUUAAUUUUUUUAAAUCUAUGCCAAAAAUUUUGCCAAACUUUUUGUGCAUAGUCAAAUUUGAUUUUUUAAUAAAAAAAUAAGUAAUCGUGUGGGGAAAAAAUAAAUACGCCAUUUUAAUUGCCUAUUUGUCUUAUUUGUAAAAUUCAUAUUAGAGUUUUCAAAAAACGUAUACAAGGUGAAAUUUUUUCUAAGACCCAAACAAACUAAUUUUUUAAAUCCGGGCCUGAUUUUUUUCUAGUUUGAAUAAAUCAGUUGAUUGGGUGAUAACAUAAAUUAAAUAUUUGUUCAAAAAAAAUUCAUUUUUGUAAUAAAAGUUAUUUUUUUUAAUCUAUGGUUCACUUUACCAAACUUUUAGUUAUUCAUAGUCAAAUUCGAUUUUUUUUAUAAAAAAUUAAGUAAUCGUGUGGGGAAAAAAUAAAUAUGCCAUUUUAAUUGCCUAUUUGUCUAAUUUGUAAAAAUCAUAUUAGAGUUUUCAAAAAGCGUAUACAGGGUGAAAUUUUUUCUAAGACCAAAACGAACUUAUUUUUUAAAUCCGGACCUGAUUUUUUUCUUGUUUGAAUAAAUCAGUUAAUUGGUGGUAACAUAAAUUAAAUAUUUGUUCAAAAAAAAUUCAUUUUGGUAAUAAAAGUUAAUUUUGUUAAAUCUAUGGUUCACUUUACCAAACUUUUAAUUCAUAAUCAAAUUUGAUUUUUUUAUAAAAAAUUAAGCAAUCGUGUGCGGAAAAAAAUAAAUAUGUUAUUUUAAUUGCCUAUUUGUCUUAUUUGUAAAAUUCAUAUUAGAGUUUUCAAAAAGCUUAUACAGGGUGAAAUUUUUUCUAAGACCCAAACGAACUAAUUUUUUUAAAGCCGGACCUGAUUUUUUUCUAGUUUGAAUAAAUCAGUUGAUUAGGUGGCAAUAAUGUAACGAUUGACCAAAAUAAGAGACACAUCGAUCUGACCGUUCAAAAAUUAUGACGAAUACAAAUUUCUGUCAAAAUGCGAAACUCGCCCUGUAUAUUAUUAAUCAAUGGGAGCAGACACUUUUUAAUGGUUAUUUGAUAUUCCCCAUAGGGGCCUCUAUGCGAGGUAGGAGUAUGUACAGUUCCUCAUGACUCACCCUGUAUACUUAUAUAAUAUUGUAGAAUGUUGUGAAAAUUGUUGAUAAUUUCUGAAACUAUUAGUACGUAGUACUAAAAGACAGUUAUUACCAAAAUAUAGUUAUAAUUAAAACCACUACCUAAUAUUUAUACAUAAAUCCAUCGAAAGAAAGCAUUGUCAUGGCUAAAAACAUUUUUUGAAGAGUAGUAUCGUAUCAAGGAAAGCUAGAGUUUAGGAUAAAUCUGAAUAAGUUAAUAUUGUAUCAUUUUUAAUCAUUAUGAAACAAAAUAUAUUUUUUAAUAAAA